GCUGGGACAAAUGGUUAUAUGGCUCCGGAAAUCCUGAACGAGGAAGAGUACAGCUAUCCUGUGGACUGGUUUGCUAUGGGAUGUAGUAUUUAUGAGAUGAUCGCUGGGCGAACACCAUUUAAGGAUUUCAAAGAAAAGGUUGGUAAGGAUGAGGUUAAAAGAAGAACUCUGGAAGAUGAGGUGAAAUUUGAACAUGCCAGCUUUACAGAGGAAGCAAAAGAGAUUUGCCGACUGUUUUUGGCCAAGAAGAGAGAGAAUCGUUUAGGAAGCAGAAAUGAAGAUGAUGACCCAAGAAAACAUAGUUUCUUCAAAACAAUAAAUUUCCACAGGCUAGAGGCAAACCUUAUUGACCCUCCGUUUGUGCCAGAUCCAUCAGUUGUCUAUGCCAAAGAUGUUGCAGACAUUGCUGACUUCUCUGAAAUACGAGGAGUUGAGUUUGAUGACAAAGAUAAGAAGUUCUUCAAAAGGUUUGCAACAGGUGCUGUCCCUAUAGCCUGGCAGGAAGAAAUUAUUGAAACAGGACUGUUUGAAGAACUGAAUGAUCCCAACAGAGCAGAUUCCGGGGGAUACGCAAAUGGAGGUGAAGCUAAGUCAGGAGUUUGUUUAUUGUUGUAA